UCCAUAUCGCGGUCUUUUCGGUCUCCGGUGGCCUCGCGGCCGUUCGGCUCAAGACUCCAGAUUUUUCAGCAUCGCAAUGGACAUUGGCUACAGUUGUCCUGGCAUAGCCAGAAGAUCCAUUGCGGAGUGGUCGCCCCCAGAGGUCCUAUCAUGGGUGGAGAGCUUCUGUGGUCCAGCGCCGCGGUUCCUGGAGGAGGAGAUGGACGGCGAGGCGCUGACGCUUGCGAGCGUCGAGCAGCUCAUGGCGCUCGGGCUGAAGCGCGGGCCCGCCAUCAAACUGCGCGCCAGGGUCGAGCAGCUGGCGGGCGGCGGCCCCGAGGGCGGCUUGCCCACGGGCAGUGGCACCCCGCUAGCGAACAGCACCUCGCUUGGCGCCGAUGACAGCAGCGUCGGGCGGAGGCUUUCGUCCUCAUCGCUUGGCUCCGACCCCCAGUCACUGGGACGCCUCGCGCACGAGAUCGGCGACGGGCCCACGCCCGUGGACCCCAGAGCGAGCCCCGGACCUGCCGGGCCCAUGGCGCCCCCCUGCUACCUAGUCUACAACGUCAGCGACUGGCUGAGCCAGCAGGGCGGGCCCGCCGCCUUCGAGCCUCCAGCGCCUCUUGGCGCCCCCGCGCUCGGGGCCACGGGCCUGCCCCCGCUUGCAGUUGGCGCCCUCGCCGGCGACCGCCCCGUCUUGGGCCCGAGCGGCGCCGCGGCGCCGCCGCCCGCGCCGUGCUCUGAGCGGCCUUCGGCGCUCGCCGCGGCGGCGCCGCCCUGCCGCGUGGGCCCCACGGCGGGCCCCGGUGGCGCCCUGGCCGCGCGGCCUGCCGCGCGGGGCUCCGGGCAGCGGGCGGCGCCCGCGGCGGGCUUCCAGGCCCGCGUGGCCUUUCACUCGGAGGGCACCCGCGGCGACGUCCAGCCUCUGCUUGUGCUGGCCACGGCGCUGAGCCAGAGGGGGCACAUGUGCAUGAUGUUCCUCGACCGCGGCAUGUGCGCGCUGGCGAGGACGUGGGGUCUGGAGGCCACGGAGGUGCGGCCCAGCAACAUCGAGGAGCAGAUGGAGUCUGAGGAGGUCAAGAAGGCCGGGAGUACUGGCGACUUCCUGGCUAUGGCCUGUGCAGGAAAGGAUGUCCGAGAUCAGGCAGAGGGCGCGCAGGCGGAGGUCGCCCGAGCGGCCAAGGAGAAAGUCUCGGCCUUCCAGCCGGAUGUCUUCGUCCAGACGUCUUCCGUCGGCUGGGUGCAAGAGUGGGCGGCCGCGGCCGACGUCCCCCUGGUGAGCAUCUGGCUCCAGCCCUGCUCCCUUCCGUCGGAGUCCUUCCGGCCCUCGGCGCUCUUCAGAGCCUCGCUGCAGCCAGGCCAGCCGACGAUGGACCUGUGGGCGAAGCAACUACAGUUCUGCCUGCGGCACGCGCUCCUUCGCGAGCAGAAGUGGCUUCGCGAGCACGCCGCGGGGGAGACCCUGGACGAGGCCAUCGCGCAUGGGCGCCUGGUGUCGGCGGACGACGUCUUCGACCAGUUCUGCAACAUCCCGGACCUGAACCAGCUGUACAUCUGCGCCUGGAGCAAGGCGCUGUUCGCCGCCCCCCCCGACUGGCCGGAGACGGAAAACCUGAUGAUCGUUGGCAGCUUCAGGCUGCCCGCCGCCCAGGAGGCCGCCCUCCUGGAGGGCCCCGGCGGCGGCUUCGGCGACCAGGAGCAGCGGAGGCGCUGCGAGGCAUUCCUCGCCGCGGGGCCGGCCCCCGUCUACGUCGGCUGGGGCUCCAUGGUCGUGGGCUCCGCCGCGCAGAUGUGCCGCCUCGCCGUGGGGGCCCUCCGGGAGGCGGGGAUGCGCGGCGUGGUGGUGGGCGGAUGGGCGCGACUCUCUGCCGGCCUGCUCGACGACGACCCCGCGCUGCAGGCCUACUGCGAGAGGGAGGUGCUCUUCCUGAGCGCGGCUCCGCACGCGUGGCUGCUGCCGCAGUGCGCGUGCGCCGUCCACCACGGGGGCAUGGGCACCGUCCAGGCCUCCGUGGGGGCCGGGGUGCCGACGGUGGUCACGCCGGUGUGGGCAGACCAGUGGAACGUGGCCGCGAGGGUGGCGGAGCUGCGGCUGGGCGCGCGCACGCAACAGACUCUGUCGAAGGUCACCCCCAGUGACCUGGGGGAGAAGAUUCGUGAGUGCUGCCAGGAUCCAGGACGCGGAGAUGCGGAAGAACGUGCGGCGGGCCUCGGAGGCCAUGGCGGACGAGGACGGCGUGGGCUCGGCCGUGAAGGAAGUGGAGGCGCUCCUGCGGGACGCGCGGGCUGGGCGGUGGGCCCGAAGGAGCGCAGCGCGGCGGGAGGCGCUGCGGGCGAGGUACGGCAGGAUCGGAGGAGUCUCGGGGCCAACGCCGCCCUGUCGAUGUUCCACCUCGAGUUCGCCUCGCGGCACCCGCAGCUGAGGGCGUGGGUUGAGAGGGAGGAUGCGAGCCUGCUCCGCUGCGCGGAGGCCCUCCGGGGAGGCAGGCUCUUCGUGGUCGCGUCCAGGUCCGGGCUGCUCGUCAGGGAGUCGGCCGGGCUCGGGUCCCGGGAGCUGGGGCGCCUCGGAGAUCACUUCUCCCUCGUGGAGCUCCUCGGGCCAGGCGGUGCCGAUGCAAGAGCGGGCAGGUGCAGGGUGCACCUCUUGGAGGGCAAGGGGCCCCCCGAGGGCUGGGUGUCCAGGAUCGGAGGGAUGGUCUCCGGGAAGGACGUGCUGAGAGUCGUCAGCAGUGUGCGAGAGGUCGGCCGUGCCAGGCUGGCGCGGAUGGGUUUGACCUUCGAUGACCUGAGCGGUGGAACCCCUGAGAAUUGCGCUGCCCAGUAGACUGCGGUUUUUAGCCCCCCACAGUGGGCCCUGCGGCAGAGCUCGCGAUCGCUCUGCCGCGUGCGGCCUGCAAUCCGUGAGCUCGCACGCGUUCUUGCGAAGGGUUCGUCGAUUGCAGGACGACUUGCGCGCUAUAAUCACAGUUUUAGUCGUGCCGACGGGUUGCGGGCUUCCGUUUCCAACUGCGACAGCGCCCGCUGGGCGCCGCAUUUUCUCAUCAUGCAUGGAGUGUCAUUCAAUCGGUGCGCCAUGGACAGGUGCGUCAGAUACUGACUCGGCGCAUUUCUCCGCCGCCGCUCACCGUGACCGACAUCAGACUCAAUUCUCACGUCGCCGUGAUGCGUAAUGUGUGCGUCACUGGGGAUAAGUGUGCGUCGUGUCUGGUUGAAAAAGG